AUAAAACUAGACAGACAACCAAUUUCCACCACACUGGAAAACAGAAUUUGGCUCAUUGUUCCCCAUUCAUUCUUCACCAACCUCUUCAACAACAUCCAAAACCAAAACCAACACACAAACACGCAAUUGAGUAGAAAAAAAAGAGUCUGCGAAUAGAAUACCUCUCGGAGCAUGGCCCGUGUGCGUUCAAAGAUUACAGCCUUCUGCAUGAGCCCUGCAGUGGCUCGAGUUUGUGUUCGUUCACCAUCUCAAAAUUACAAGAAAGCUGAGAGUUUCUUUAAAUCUGAUGGCAACUCGGAUCAUUCAAGUAAAAGCAGCGGUGAACUGAGCUUUAAUGGGGAUGUGUCCAAGCUGGAAAACAACGGCGGCAACCGUGUCAUGGUGGUUGUUAAUUCAAGUCUUGAAGCUAAGGGUGCUCUUCAAUGGGCACUCUCACAUACUGUGCAGAGCCAGGAUUCCAUUAUUCUUCUGCAUGUAGCCAAGCCCUCCAAACAUGGUCUAAACUCAGACGGUAAAAGCAAUCAGAAGGCUUAUGAACUUCUUCACUCUAUGAAAAACACAUGUCAAAAGAGAAGACCCGGGGUGCAAGUUGAGAUAGCAUUGCGAGAAGGAAAGGAAAAGGGACCAACCAUUGUUGAAGAAGCAAAACAGAGAAAUGUCACUCUAUUGGUUUUGGGACAAAGAAAGCAAUCAAUAAUGUGGCGCCUGCAAAAGAUGUGGGCAGGGAAAACAACAAGAAAUGGGGUGGCUGACUAUUGCAUCUUAAAUGCUAACUGCAUGACAAUUGCAGUGAGAAGAAAAAGCAGAAAGUAUGGAGGAUACUUGAUCACUACCAAGCGUCACAAGAAUUUCUGGCUUUUGGCUUAGUCAAGUGACUGCUUUUGAAAUGUCAAUACAAAAGUGAAAAAGAAGCUAGUUAUUCACAAAUAAUCAGAAAUUUUUCCACUCGCUGAUCAUAGAGUGCAAGAAAUCAACUGAGAGCGGGGCAGCACUUUUCUGUUAAAUAAUUAAGACAAAAUAAAACUUGACAUACUCUCAAUUGCUGACACUCUUUGGGAAAAAAAUGCACAAUUUAAAUUCACUGGGCAGUGUGACUACUUAGUAUUUCGAAGUGGCA